AUGACGGAUCAUAUUGAUGAAGAUCUUGAACAAUAUGAUCUCUGCCAAACCGUCAACCUCACCAUCGAAAUCGAUGAGCCGACAAUUGUCAUUGAGGAGUCUUUUGAACAGAUAACAGUCAGUGGUUCGUUGCCAAGAGUUGGCCCAUCAAAGAAUCUAGAAGAAGCACUGGCGCUGGCGAGAAUUGGGGAAGAUGUGCUGGUGAGAGAUCUGCCGGAUGAUAUGAGGAAAGAACUCUGCACUCAUCUCAACAUAAACCCAUUUGGAACGAGCAUGAGAAAUUGGGAAACGGUGGCCGCAAAAAUGGGAGCAUCUUCGGAUGAGAUUUUGGGCUUGAAAUCGUCAACAAAUCCAACGGGAGAGCUUCUUUCGCAAAAGAAAUCCGAAAAGGUGAAUGUGUUACUGGAAGCGAUCGCGAAAUCGGGACGAGUCGACACGCUUGUCUCAAUGAGGAAAUUUGCGAUGAGACGGAUUCAAAAACAGGCGAAAGUUGCUCCGAUUAUCGGCAACAACUUCAGCACAGCUUCAACUGUCCCAUGCACGAGUAAAUACGAUGAUUACACGACGGUUGCCCUCUUAAUUCACUAUGAAACGAGCAAAGACGAGAGAAAAGCUUUUAAAAAGUUCAAGCUAAAUUUCAACCUUCAACUACCUCCAGAAAUCUUUGUCGAAGACCUAUUAGAAAUCGAUGCAUCUGAGAAUUUCUAUGCUCAACUUUUAGAAGCUUUUCAAAAGGCAUCUCAUGUGAUCGUUUGUUUAACUCAUUCCUAUUGUCAACUCAUCUCAUCAAUUGAUUCACCGAAAGAUGAUUCACAAAAGGCUGUCAAAAACGUGCACAAUUUGAUGGACACCGAAUUCGGGAACAACAAUUGCAAGAAUAAGCGAUUUCGACCGCUAAUCAUGGAGGAGUCAAUCUCUCGAAAUCUUCCUCUCGGAUGGGCUUCAUCGACGACUCUCUAUCGAUGGCCCAACGAUUUCCACAAAUUGAUUGAUCGAGUCAAAUUCAAUCCUAUGAUUUCACAAACAAUG